GCCCGAGCGGUGGCAGGCGCACGCGCUGGCCCUCGCCAUCCUGGGGUGCCACCUCGGCCUGCUGGCCGCCUGCCGCGCCGUGCCCGCGGAGCCCUCCGAGGCGCCCGCCGCGCCGGGAGGGCUCGAGGCCGCGGCGGUGGCGCUGCUGGCGGUGGAGGCGCUACUCGACACGGACUUCCGCGCUGCGGAGGAGCCCCCCCCCGGGGGACCCCGGCGGAAGUGGACGAACAACGUCGGCAACGAGGUGUGGGAGCCCGGGGCGCAGCCGGCAGACGCGACCGCGCACGCCGCCAUGGCCGCGGCCCUUGUGGGCAUCAGCUGGGUGCUGCGGUGCUACCCGGCAGAGGGCGCCGCUGCGGACGCCGUUGCAUCCGCGGCCGCGGGCUUGCUUCGGCG